AUGAAGCACGUCUUUGCUCUGCUUUUCCUUUUGUCAGCCUUGUGCACAAAUGCACAUUUAGCAUGUCAUGGUAACGGUUGUGCAUAUGUCGUGCAUGGUGGCAAUCAUGGUGGCGGAGAUGACGUUGCAUAUGGUCAUGAUGGUAGCGAAUAUGGUGUGCAUAGUGGCACUUAUGGUCGAGUGAAUGGUGGCAAUCAUGGUGGUAGAGAUAGUGAGCAUGGUGGCAAUCAUGGUGGCGGAGAUGACGUUGCAUAUGGUCAUGAUGGUAGCGGAUAUGGUGUGCAUAGUGGCACUUAUGGUCGAGUGAAUGGUGGCAAUCAUGGUGGUAGAGAUAGUGAGCAUGGUGGAAAUCAUGGUGGCGAUCAUGGUGGCAAUCAUGGUGACAAUCAUGUAGCAGUGAAUGAUGGUAAUCAUGGUCGUGGAGAUUACAAUGGAUAUGGUAGCAAAUAUGGUGAGCAUGGUGGCAAUCAUGGUGGCGAUCAUGGUGGCAAUCAUGUUGCAGUGCAUGGUGGCAAUCAUGGUGGCAAUUAUGUUGCAGUGCAUGGUGGCAAUAAUGGUGGUGGAUAUUACCUUGGAUAUGGUGGUGGAUAUGGUGAGCAUGGUGGCAAUCAUUGUGGCAAUCAUGGUUGCGAUCAUGGUGGCAAUCAUAGUGGCGGAGAUAAUGUUGAACAUGGUAGUGGAUAUGGUGAGCAUCGUGGCAAUCAUGGUGGCAAUCAUGGUGGAAAUCACCGUGGCAAUCAUGGUGGCGAAGAUCGCGUUGAACAUGGUAGCGGAUAUGGUGUGCAUAGUGGCGAACCUGUUGUGCAUGUUUGA